AUUUUACAUAAUACCAACAUCAAAUGCAAUUAGAUCACUUGAAAGACUUACGAUUUCCUAGGGUUUCUCUUAGCCUGGAUGUAUUAUCUAGCUCCUUUGUACAUCAGUUGAAGUCGAGUUGCCUUUGUUCAAAGAGCUAGAUCAUAAGUAAUAAUGGAGAAUAUAAGUGUUUUAUUGAAUGAUUCUUUGGAUGAAGAAUUGAUAGAUUUUAGUGAUCCACCAACAUCCUAUUUAUACGAAUAUGCUUUUAGUAAAGUGACAAAAUUUCUGAGCAAUAUUGGCUGUUUAGUUGCAGUUAUCACAUCAUUCUUAAUGGGAUUUGAGUACGAUAAAAUCUUCAAAAAAGUCAAAAUUAAAAUUAACGAAAAGGAAAUUUUACGGAUAAUAGUUGUAAUUGUUUUAUUUAUGGUUUUACCUAUUGUUUUUGUGUGUAUAGUGCUAAGUUUAAUUUAUAAAAAUGUGUGUGAAAUAAUUAUAAAGAGGAGAGAUAAAAACUUUGUCAAGUUCCUCGAUAGUUUUGAUGUGUUUUGGUGCUUGGAGGACAAUGCGAAUAGUAAUAUUAUUGAAGUGUUAGGAACAAUACAAGCUGAUUGUCCAUACGCACUGGUUGAUAAAAUAAGAGAAAAAUUAGAAGAUAUCAUAUCCAAUAAGUCCGUUGAAAAAAUAUUUUAUAGAAGGCAAGAACAAUUUGGUUUUUAUUACUGGCGCAAAAACGAUGUCGCUAAUAUAAACCAAUACGUUAAGUUGCUUAACGUUACAAAUAAAGAUAGUCUGAAUUCUGACGAUCUGGAAAAUCUAAUGAGCGAAUUGACUAAAAAGCCGUUGCCAUAUAAUGGGGAAGGUCUAUUUGAAAUGUUAAUCACCGAUAUUGAGCUAAAUAAUGAAGGUGAUCUUUUAGAUAGUUACGCAAUCGUGUUUAGAAUACAUCAUUCAGUUGGAGAUGGUAUAGCUUUGAUAGAGUUUUUGUGUGAAAUUCUAGCAGAUGAUACCAGUCAAACAGUCAAAUUGUUCAAAGCUCCUGAAGUCUGUAAUCUAUUUGAUCAAAAUAUGUUCAAAGACGUAAACGAGCUAACAAAAAUUGUAACUGAAAUGAUACUUUGCGCGGUGGAUGGUGUGAUAAGAAAACCUGACAUAAAUUCGUUACAUGGACCCACAUUAGAAGGAAAAAAGGUAUUGAGAUGGAUUGAAGCGAAUGAUAAUUUACUUCAAAUGAUUAAAGAAAUAAAAGAAGAACAAGAUGCCUUAAAUUUUUCUGAUAUAUUGGCGUCUGCUUUAGCGAAUGGAUUGCGAAAAUACUUUUCUCAGACCAUGUUGUACAUACCAGAGCAUGUUGCAGUAAUAAUCCCCAUUAGAUUGAGUACGAACGAGGACACGUUAAUUUUGGAAAAUAAUUUCACUGUAAGCAUUUUGGAUCUACCGCUUAACGAAGAUUUGAGGUCUAUCAGCAAAUGCUGUAAUAGACUGCGAAAGAGUCUUGAUCCUAUGACGAACCACUACUUGCUAAAAUUGUGCAAUGUUUUCCCAAAAUACAUACUUGAGCAGGUUUUUAACAGCAAUCAAGCGACAAUGGUUUUUAGCAACAUACCGGGACCAAAAUGUUUGAGCAUUUGUGGCUGUGCAGUGAAAUCUUUGGUGUUCUUUGUACCGAAUAAGGGCACUACAGGUGUUGGUGUCACAGCUCUAUGCUACGGUGGCGUUCUUCGAUUCGCAAUAAUGGCCGAUUCAGCUCUUCUAUCUAGACCAGAUGACCUAUCGAUUAUUCUAGAUGGAAUGGUUGAGGAAAUCAAGUAUUUGUAUGCAGAGUAUGUAGUAGUUUAACGUAAGAUUAUGGUGUGGCCGCUUUACGUUGAUUUCUCAGUAAAAGAUAUGGAGAAAAUUAAUAUGAAGCACCUGCCAACCUGAAGACUUUAUUUUAAAGGGCACAGUAAUUCAUCGCACGUAAAUAGGAUAAUAAUAAAAAUACAAUGUUAACUUCUUAAUCAAUUAUUUAAUUAAUAAAUUAACUAAGUACUAUGUAAGUCA